AUGGAUUUUCGCGCGAAGAGUGACAAGAUAUCUGCUGAUGCCAAUAAGCCUCCUGGCUCUUCUCAAUGCCCGGUGUCCUAUUUCCAGUCCUCCCUUUCGUCACGCGAGAAUACGGCCAACGCGGACGGAUUCGGCUCGACAUUGGAUGGGAUUGACGCCUACCCAACAUUGGUCAGCGACGGUCCUCAAACGCCUUUGAAUCAGAUCUUGCUGCCAGCCACGGAGAAGUUGAAAUAUGCUGCUGCAAGACAGACCGAGUAUACCCCGUUUCCAACUAGUCCAGGGUCCUCCGACUGGCUCCCAUCGUUCUCACCGCAGAAUGCCUUCCUUUUGCGAACCUACGAAACAGGGAUAGAGUCCUGGAUGGACGUCUUCAACUGCUCGCAGUCGUAUCAGCAGGGUGUCCUUCAGUCAGUGCUGCAGUUGCCGCUUCUGCUGAACUCGACCUGUGCGCUUGCGGCUGGUCAGCUCAGCCGGAUAACGGGUCCGCGGACCUGGGCGCCAGUGGCCGAGCACUACUACAGGGAAAGUCUAAGUGUGCUGAGAUCGUCGCUCAACAACUCUACCGUGAACACCGGGCAUGCCUUGGUCGCCGCCAUUCUCCCGAGCUGCUACGAAUUGAUGGCGUUCCCGGGGCCCAACUAUCACCGGCACUUUCGUGGCGUCAAGUCGUUCGUUGAGGCGCUGGAGGCUCGGAAAAGCCAUGAACUGGGAAUGUCCGAGGACGCAGGAUCCCACAGUAUGGCCCAAGCGGGACCCGCUCAGACCGAAGCCGCGGGGGAGGAUCUCUACUGCCACAACGCUCUGAGACUGUGUGGGGAGGUUGUUCACUUUAUUUUUGGUAUCACCGACAAGACACCGCGCGGCAAGAAAUGGGUGAAUCAAUGGUCGGCUUUGCACUCGGAUUGGAACGAAUGGGUUCAAGGGUACCCAAAUACACUGUCGGGAAAUGUUUCUAUUCUCUCGCCAUCCCAACAAGACCCCGACCGCCGCCACGACCCAGACACCGGAGCCAUGGACCCUGAACCCCAGAUCCACCACGCCGAAAAUGUCAUCGAUAUCGCUCUCUCGAACAUGCCCGACGGCGUCCUUAUCACCACGGUCCAACCGGUCUUCCACGCCACCCGCCACGUCCGUAAAGCCGUCAGGAGGGACGAGACCAUCCUACUUCUACAGGAUGUCUAG